UUUUAUUACAUUCGACUUAGAUCAGUCGAACAUCUCGACACCAACGAAUAAACCCAAAUUGGACCAUCACCACCGAAAUCGGCAGCCCCACGGAGCUUCACACACUCACCUUCACCAAGAUCGAUCAAAUCGACUGGGAGUAAAGGGUUUUAGCUGUUGUAUUAAAAAAGAGAUAAUUAGUUGUACAGAAUGGCGUGUAAGGGGUUUUGGGAGUGCCUCUUGAAGCUUUUGAACUUCUUCUUGAUGCUUGUGGGUUUGGCUAUGAUUGGAUAUGGCAUAUACCUCUUUGCGGAGUACAAGAACGCUGCUUCCUCUGGUGGUGAUGCGCCCCUUCCCCCACCAAGUCAGGAUCUUGUACAGCUUGGUCGGCCCAUGCUGAUAGCUGUUUCUUUGGCCGAUAGCAUUUUUGACAAACUGCCAAAGGCAUGGUUUAUAUAUCUUUUCGUUGGAAUUGGUGUAGCUGUUCUUUUUGUUGCUUGUUGUGGUUGCAUUGGAACGGCGACUCGAAAUGGUUGCUGCCUGACUUGUUUUUCAAUACUGGUCAUCCUGUUGAUAUUGGUGGAGUUGGGAGCGGCUGCUUUUAUAUUCUUUGACAAUAGCUGGAGGGAGGAAAUUCCAACCGACAAAACUGGGAACUUCGAUAAGAUAUAUGAAUUUCUGGAGGAGAAUUGGGACAUUGCCAAGUGGGUUGCCCUUGGUGCUGUUAUACUUGAGGCAAUUAUAUUUUUGUUAGCUCUCAUUGUAAGGGCUGCUAAUAGACCAGCAGACUAUGAUAGUGAUGAAGAAUAUGUAGGUCCACCAAGGCAACAGAUCCGGCAGCCGUUAAUAAAUAGACAACCUGUUCCAGCCACCGGUAUCUCUGCUGCUAAUACCCUUGACCAGCGCCCCAGUAGAAAUGAUGCAUGGAGCACACGUAUGAGAGAAAAGUAUGGGCUAGAUACUUCGGAGUUCACAUACAACCCUUCCGAGUCGGGCAGGCACACGCAAGCUGCUGCACAACCAGCCGAGGAAAGGGGUGGCUGCAUCAUAAUGUGAUGUUGAUGUUGGUUUUGCACGAUUUGGUUUGUUUUGAACUGGAUUUAAGUAACUGGUGUGAGAUCUUGGUUUGUUUCAACCGGAUUGUAAGUAAUUGGUGUGAGAUCUUUGUAUCUAAUGAGAUAAUACUCAACAGAAACACGUGAUUUAAUUUGAAGUCUUGUAUCUUA